UGACUUUAUUCUCCUCAGUAGAGGGCAGUGCAAGGGGUGUGAGAGUUGUCUGUCCUGUGGUCUCUACUCACUUUGUGCUCAUACCUGGACUUCGUGCUCUUUAUUGAGGAUAGGAAUUGGCGGCUUUUCCUUCAAGAUGGAUCAGAUGUCGAAGGUACCACCAAUGCAGCUUGAUGCAGCCAAUGCCAAUACACAGGUUGACCACAUGUGUGCCCUGGACAUUGACUCUCGCCCCUUCUCCCAGCGGCUCUCCAGCAUUAUUUGUACCAUUGGUCCUGUUUCCCGGUCAGUGGAAAUGCUAGAGCAAAUGAUGGAAGCUGGUAUGAACAUCGCACGCAUGAAUUUCUCACACGGCACUCACGAGUACCAUUCUGAGACUAUGAAUAAUGUCCGUAUAGCUGCUGAAAAUUACUCAAAGAAAAUAGGUUAUUCCUAUCCUGUAGCAAUUGCUCUCGACACAAAGGGGCCAGAAAUUCGCACUGGUCUGUUGGAAGGUGGAGCAAGUGCUGAAAUUGAGUUAAAGAUUGGUGCUCAGGUGAAGUUGACAACUGAUAAGGAAUGGUAUGAGAAGUGUUCAGUAGACUGCAUAUACCUUGAUUAUGUCAACAUCACCAAAGUUGUCAAGCCAAAGAACCGUAUCUUCAUUGAUGAUGGGCUCAUCUCUCUCAUUGCCAAAGAAAUAGGUGACAACUUCAUCGUAUGUGAAGUUGAGAAUGGAGGUAUGCUGGGAAGCAAGAAAGGUGUAAACCUGCCAGGAGUUCCAGUGGAUUUGCCAGCAGUGUCAGAGAAGGACAAGAGUGAUCUGUUGCUGGGUGUUAAGAUGGACGUAGACAUGGUAUUUGCUUCCUUCAUCCGUAAUGCUGCAGGAGUGAGGGAGAUCAGAAAUGUCUUGGGAGAGGAAGGAAAGAACAUCUUGAUCAUAAGCAAGAUUGAGAAUCAUCAAGGUUGUAAGAACAUUGAUGAAAUUAUUGAAGAAGGAGAUGGCAUCAUGAUUGCCCGUGGCGAUUUGGGUAUAGAAAUUCCUGCUGAGAAGGUCUUCAUAGCACAAAAGCAGAUGCUAGCCAAGUGCAACAAGGUGGGAAAGCCAGUCAUCUGUGCCACUCAGAUGUUGGAGUCCAUGGUAAAGAAGCCAAGACCAACCCGCGCUGAAGUAUCGGACGUGGGCAAUGCUAUCAUGGAUGGAGCCGACUGUGUCAUGUUGUCUGGAGAGACAGCCAAGGGAGAUUACCCUCUCGUGUGUGUAAGAACAAUGGCAAACAUUGCUCGAGAAGCUGAAGCUGCCUUGUGGCACAAGCAACUCUUCAUUGAACUUUCUCAGCAGGCUCGUUUGCCAACAGAUUCUACGCACACAACAGCGAUUGCAGCUGUUGAAGCCUCUUUCAAAGCCAUGGCAUCUUCCAUUAUUGUCAUUACCACCACUGGUCGCUCUGCUCAACUUGUCUCACAAUAUAAACCCCGCUGCCCUAUCAUGGCCGUGACACGCUUCCCUCAAGUGGCUAGACAGUGCCACCUCUACCGAGGCAUUAUUCCCAUUCACUACACUGAGGAUGAAGACGCUGAACGUUUGGAGGAUUGGAUGGAUGAUGUAAAUGCCCGAGUUGAUUAUGCCGUUGGGUACGGCAAGGAGCGUGACUUCGUCAAAUCUGGAGACCCUGUGGUGGUGGUCACUGGCUGGCAGAAGGGAGCCGGCUUUACCAAUACCAUGCGUGUUUUGUACGUAAAGUAAUUUGUUGCUUAUAAACUCCAAGGGCUGCUUCUGAUAUGUUUGGGUGAUAUGGAGACACGUUUUAAUGCUGAUGUGGGGUACUAGAUGGUGACAACAAAUUAUUGGCCUCGCAUAAAUAAUGCUUUAUUUCAAGCUGUGCACCUAAUAUAGGUUAUUGAUACUACAAAUAUUACCAUACAAUAUUUCAUUGUGAGUACAGGUAGUAUGUAUGCUAACAAACAGCUUGACUGAUUGAAACAUGAUACAGCCUUCCAGCAAAAAGAACUACAAUGGGAAUCCAUAGGUGUGAUGUUCAAUGGUGACCGAAUGUAUUUAGUGAGACUUUGCUUUAAAAUGCUGCCGAAGACUUAGGUACGAUAUUAUUAGUUUAAGAUGAAUUAAAGUACAGUACAGUACAUAAAUAUAUAGAUACAGGUGUAUGUGUCCAUUAUUAAAUCUGCAAAAUAUUAAGACAGAGUUUUGUGGAGUGGAAUACAGUUGAUUAAUUAUUCAAUAUUUUAUUCUCACUCACAUGAUAAUUCAUAUAUCACUGCAUGCUUCUUGAUUUUGAAUCUAUUUUUUUUUUUUUUUCUUGGUAUGAAAUUGAUUCUAUGAAUGUAAUUGAUUGAAUAUUUUUAAGAUUUAUUUUUUGUUAUGGAAUGUCAUUCUUAAUGAUGGCUUUUUAGUUGAAUAAGCUCGUGACUUCAGUUCUGCUUCUCUGAGCUUCCACAGAGUCUGUAGCAUACUUGUGUAUUCCGCUAAUAUUCCUGGAAUACUUCAUUUCCUGCUUUUGUUAUUUUUGGCAUUUUGCAUUAUUUAAUGCUUCUAAAUGAAAUGUAAUACUGUAUGCUAACAGUCAACAUGUAUGUCAUACAUUGGUUCCAUUAUACCAUACCAUGAAAUACUCGCAUUGUUUUUGCUGAAAAUGGUAACUAAUUCUGUAUGUAUAAGUCAUUGUUUUUUGUUUAGCAGUUAUUGGGGUCAAGGGAAAAAUAUGAACUAAUCCAUGCAUGUACAAGAUAUAUAUCUGAAACACACACACACACACACACACACACACACACACACACACACACACAUAUUUUAUAUGUAUGUUUAUAUACUGUACAUGACAUUAAUUCAGUAUUAGUGUGCUUGAGCUCUCAAGGUUAGCAACAUAGCACAGUAAAUGUGAAUCAGUGAGGUAGAGGUGAUUUAAGACCAGGUGUAUAUGUUAAUUUUCUCCAGUAUUAUGUGCAUGCGAGUAUGGAAAGUGCAGAUGGACAGCUGCGUUGCAUUAAUAUAAGAAAACUUUUCCUUGUGUUAUGGGAGUAGCAGUAGACCAAAAAGGAUGUCUUUGUCACAGCUGAAUGUGGGUGAAGAACUUAUUGUUGCUGUAGUUCCUAUGUAGAUCUACUGUUAGCCAGAUGUAUUUAUUGGAUGCUGUAAAGCACCUUGUAUUGUAGGAUGGAUAUGGGAUCAGGAAAGUUCCUUCAUAUAAACUUGGUAAAUUGUAUUUUUAUGUUAGAUUCUCAGGAGUGAUUUGAAAAAUGCACUCGUCAUAUGAAUUUUUGUAUUGUUCCCAUGAUGAUAAUACAGGUUGAUCUAUGCCUGGGUGGGCUAAUCCAUGUUUAAAAAAAAAAAAAAAAAAAAAAACUUUCGGUUUUCGGAAUUUCGGAUAAGGGGUUGUCAACCUGUACUAUAAAAAAAUAAAGUACUGGGUAGUCAUCUUAGCCAAGUACCAAGAUCAUGCUUGAAGUACAUACAAGUACACCAGCUUUUUUAAGGGACAAAAAUAACCAUUGCUUGACGUGCAUUAUUCAUAUGUUUAAGUGCUAAAACCAUAAUUAAAGAGAUGAAUGCUA